AUGGGCUCUUCACGAGCAUCCCAGAUAGGGUGUGUGGGAGGGCGAGGGGUGCUGGCUUUGCUGCUGGCUGGUCUCCUCCUGCAAGGGACCUUGGCCAAGAGCAUCGGGACCUUCUUAGAUCCCUGCAAGGACCCCACACGUAUCACCUCCCCCAAUGACCCCUGUCUCCUGGGGAAGGGGGGCUCCAGCAGCUCCAGUGGCUCCAGUGGUGUUUCCAGUGGCUUGAGUGGUCGCCCCAGCGGCGGUUCCAGUGGCAGCUCCAGUGGCUCCAGUGGCAGCUCCAGCAGUUCCAGUGGUGUUUCCAGUGGCUUGAGUGGUCGCCCCAGUGGCGGCUCCAGUGGCUCCAGUGUUUCCAGUGGCUUGAGUGGCCGCCCCAGUGGCAGCUCCAGCAGCGGCUCCGGCAGUGGCUCCACCGGGUCCAUUGUUGCCCAUGGUGGUUCUUCUGGAUCUUCGUUACUUAAGCCAGGAACAGGGUAUUCCCAGAUAAGCUACUCCUCUGGGUCAGGCUCUGCUCUACAAGGUGCAUCGAGCUCCCUCCACUCAGGAAGCAUCAGCUCCCAGUCAGGAGGAGGCUUGAGCUCUUCUGGUUCCCAAACCUCCUGGAUGUCCAGCAGCGGGGGCCAGAAGGUCAGCUCCAAGCUGCGGCCCUGUGGUCCCGACAUCCCUGACUCUCCCUGCAGCGGGGGGCCCAUCGUCUCUCAGUCUGGCUCCUACAUCUCCAGCUCCCACUCUGUGUCUGGGGGUCAGAGGCCAGUAGUGGUGGUGGUGGAGCAGCAUGGCCCCGGUGGCCCCGGAGUGGGUCAAAGGGUCCCCUGCCUCAACGGAGGCCCUCCAGGCAAGCCCUGCCCCCCCAUCACCUCUGUGGACCAACAUGGCAGCUACGAGGUGGUGGGUGGCUCCUCCAACAGCUAUCUGGUCCCAGGCAUGACCUACAGUGGGGGCAAAAUCUACCCGGUGGGCUACUUCACCAAAGAGGGCCCCAUCAAAGGCUCCCCAGGGGUGCCCUCCUUUGCUGCCGGGCCCCCCGUCUCUGAGGGCAAGUACUUCUCUGGCAACCCCAUCAUCCCCAGCCGCAGCUCUUCUAGCUCCAAUAUCUACCAGUCCGGAGCUUCCUCAACUGUGGUGUUCCAGCCAGUGGGCUCUGGUGGGGUCCAGCCCUGUGUGGUCGGCUCCCGGGGCUCUAAGGGGCCCUGCUCCCUCUCCAGCUCAGGAGUCUCCAGCAGUCCCAGCAUUUCCAGCAGCUCUGGUUCAUCUUUCCAUCCCUGUGGUGGUGUUUCUCAGGGGCCCUGCUCCCCACCAGGCACUGGCUCCCUCAGCGGCAGCUCUAGCUCCCUAUCUGGUGGCAAAAUCGUCCUUCAGCCCUGUGGCAGCAAGUCCAGCGCUCCUGGUCACCCUUGCAUUUCUGUUUCCUCCUCGACACUGAGUGGAGGUCCAGAUGGUUCUCCCCAACCUGACCCCUCAGCUGGUGCCAAGCCCUGUGGUCCAGGCAACUCUGGAAAGAACCCUUGUCGCUCCAUCCGGGAGAUCCUAGCCCAGGUGAAGCCUCUGGGGCCCCAGCUAGCUGACCCUGAAGUUUUCCUACCCCAGGGAGAUCUACCUAACAGUUCAUAA